AAAUAUUUAGAGGAAACUUUUAUGACGAUAAAGACAGGAAUAUUACAAGUUUUUGGACUACGCCCAGUAAUCAUGUCACGUCCAUAUUGUCUGAUUGUGGUGAUGCUGUUUGCUUUUCAUGCAAAAAUACCGUUUGCAGAUGCAGCAUUUUUCUACAAGGCUCCCAGUAACGUCACUGUGAUCGCUGGUAACGCUUUCAACGUAAGCUGUGGAAUAGCAAAUGUAUCAGAUACUGAUAUUCUUGUUUGGGUUCGAUUCCCACAAAAUAAACCUGUUAUUAUGAGUUUUGGUAAAUAUGCGUACACCUAUGAAAAGAAAAAGCCUGAAGUAUCGAUAACCCCUGAAUACAUGCUAAAAGUGAUUAACGCGGAUAUUUCUGAUGAAGGUGUUUACCAAUGCGGAGUCAUGAGUAAGGGAUCGUACACCCCGUUUGCAAAUGCAACAGUAACAGUGCUGCAAGUAGCAUCAACCAUGAUGCCUUGGCCGCCAACGCUCCAUUCGGCAACGCCUCAACCGUCAACGCUUCGGACGAAAACGUCUCGACCACUUACAAAUUCGCCGACACCUUAUCAGUCCGUUAAAGAAAGUAACACCGUUGAGCCGACUAACUUUGCUACAUACCCAAUAGACCUAUCAACCAACCUGCCAUCAACAGUCAUUGUAACUACGACAAGCGGACAGGUUAUUAUUUGUAAUUGUGGCGUUUUGUUUUAUGCAAUUCUUGCCUUUGGCCUGGUUUUGGUUUAAUUAGCAGUAAUUUUUUAGGACAUUUAAUCACAAGUUCCAAUGAAGUGAUAUUUGACUAUAGAAGAUGUUUACUUCACGAUUCAUAUUUUUGUCAGGUUGCUGUAGAUCACUAUGAAUAUUCAUCUUGUCCAUGGGACAGGAAUCUGUAUCUUGUACAGGGGGACAUGUUCCCUUUUUGCCUACCAUACCCUGUUGAGAGAAUAAACAUUAUGAAAUUAUGAAAUUGAAAAUACUAUAUGAAUAAUAAUAAUACUAUGAAAUACUAUAAAUAUUCAUAACUUUGCAUGUUCAUGUGCUGUUUUUUUUUUUCAAUUCUUCAUUCACUGUUUUUCCCGCACGAUGGGGAAUUAAUAAGAACAUAAUUGUUUUCAAAAAAGGAAAUGUCUCUUAGAUCUGACGAUAUACAAUGAAUGUCAGGACUUCUGUAUGUUUACUGUUUUAAAUUGUGAAAUGUUAUGGACAAGGUAAAUGUUGAUGUAUCGCUCUUGGUAAAAUUUGUUAUCGGUCCCGCAGAAAUAAAAGCGGGGAUCCUCAUAAUUUUAACAAAGAAGUAUUCAACCAUCAACAUUCUAACAGUAAAAUGUUACUGUCUUAGCUGAUUGGAUUAACAGUACAAGUUGGGUGUAGUUCACCAACAAGAUCUGUUUCUGUGGAUAUAAUAUUAUACGACAUGUUGUUUAUGUCAGAAUUGGCCUAAAUAAGUAGUGUCAAUGUUUAGGUUAUAUAAGCAGCUAUUGAUCAAAACAGUUCACUAUCUUAUUUGGGACCGAUUGGCAAAUUUGGGAUUAUCUCGAGGUUAGGUAUCCAAGUUUCUAUUAAAUACCCCUAAUUAUUACAAUUAUAUUGAAAUUUGUACCCUGCAAAGUGUUCAUGUGCAUUAGAUGUGUUCAUGCAGCAAAAUGGAAUUUUUCCAUAGGCAUCGUUCCAAUGGCUGGGAAUAAAUGUGGAGAAGCGCUCUGAGAUUGUAUAGAGUGCUAUAUAAAGGCCUACAUAUUAUUAUUAUUAUUAUUAUUAUUAUUAUUAUUAUUAUUAUUAUUAUUAUUAUUAUUAUUAUUAUUAUUAUUAUCAUUAUUACUUCUAUUAUUAGUAAAAGGUAAUAAACCUAAUAUUCCUAAAUUUGACGUUGAUAUUCUUAAAUCAAUUGCACUGGAGAACACACACUCAUUCUACAAGAAAUUCGGAAUCAUAGAUGCUAUAGAAAUAAGAAACAAAUAUCCUCGAGAUUAAUGAUUGCAUAUAGAUUUAAGGAUAAAUAUUAUAAACAUGUUUUUAAUGCAUAAAUUAAUUUUAAUAUAAUUUAUAUGUGUAGUAUACAUGAUAUAGAUUCCUGGUUCUUAAUUAAUUUAUUUGAAGGGCCAAAUUAUUUUUGGAUUUGAUGUCGCAUUAGACAUUUUUCCCUUCAUAUGGGCGCAUUAUUGUAUGUUUUAGAAUAUAGAAAACUUGAAUUUUAUGUAAUGUACAAAUAUGAAAAGUUGUUGAAUCUGUAUAGGCCCUAUUAUAAAGAGUAACAAUAAAUGGAAUUUAGCCAUCAAAAAAAAAAAAAAAAAAAAAAAAAAAAAAAAA